GUGGGAGGUCAGGGUGUUGGGCUGGGGGCGUGGGAGGGCCUGGCUGGUUUCUUGGGAAGCUCCGAGCGUGCAGCAAAUCCCUGGGAAUCCCUGACUGAUGAGGGCAAUGCUCGGGAGGGAGCUGGGCGUGCAAUUCCUGCAGCAUGGGUGCUUUCAGGGCUUGUCCUGUAGCACUGGGCAGUGAGAGGAGGGAGUUUGUGAGAUGGAGCAGGGCAGGGGUGUGGUGAGCACACCCACAUCUGGCUGCUGGCUGGGACACAGGUGAGGAGCAGGGCAGGGAUAUGGUGAGCACACCCACAUCUGGCUGGGAGACAGGUGAGGAGCAGGUCAGGGGGGCAGUGAGCACACCCACAUCUGGCUGGACACGGGUGAGGUGCAGGACAGGGAUAUGGUGAGCACACCCACAUCUGGCUGGGAGACAGGUGAGGAGCAGGGCAGGGGUGCAGUGAGCACACCCACAUCUGGCUGCUGGCUGGGACACAGGUGAGGAGCAGGACAGGGGUGUGGUGAGCACACCCACAUCUGGCUGGGACACAGGUGAGGAGCAGGGCAGGGAUAUGGUGAGCACACCCACAUCUGGCUGGGACACAGAUGAGGAGCAGGACAGGGGUGUGGUGAGCACACCCACAUCUGGCUGCUGGCUGGGACACAGGUGAGGUGCAGAGCAGGGAUAUGGUGAGCACACCCACAUCUGGCUGGGACACGGGUGAGGUGCAGGGCAGUGAAGGGCGAGGCUCCAGGUGCACCUCGGGUGUGGGGCUGAGCCAGGAGGGCAGGGGGCAGUUGAACACCGCAGAGAGGGGACAGGACAGUCGUGGGUCGGGCAGUCCCCAUCCCUGCCCUGUCACUGUCACUGCCCUAACGCUGCCCGUUCUCUGGCAGCCCCAGCGAGCUGCCUGCCUCCUGCUGCUGCUCCUGCUCUGCUCCCUGGCCGCUGCCCGGCAGAACCUGCCCCACUGCUGCCGGCAGAAAACCUGCUCCUGCCGCGUCUACGACCUCCUGCACGGCAUGGGCAACCACGCCGCCGGCAUCCUCACGCUGGGCAAGAGGAAGAGCGUCCCCCUGGCUUUCCAGAGCCGCCUCUACCGCCUGCUCCACGGCUCCGGCAACCACGCUGCGGGCAUCCUCACCAUGGGCAAGCGCGGGCAGCCCUCGGGCACCGCCUGCCCCGAUGCGUUGGGCUGCCCUGCGGGCACGGUCACCCAGCCCACAGCGGUGCCACGGGGCGCUGCCACCAGCCCUGAGAGCCCCAGGCAGUGCCAGGGACACUCAGGGAAGGACCUGAGCGCCAGCCAGGGAGCUGCAAGGAGCUUUUACUGAAUGGGAUGGGGGCAGCGGGACACACAGAGGGGGUCCCUGGCAGGACGGGCUGCGGGCACGCACAGCCGAGCUCGGUGUAAAUAGCACUUUUAGAUACCUCCUCCCUGCCCUGGCCCUGGCCCAGCCUGCUCAGGGCACCGCGGGCACCGCGGCCUUUUACAAUAAAUGGUAGCCUGAUGUCA